AGAAAAUUGAUACCGCAGUCCAGAAUACUGCCGAAAACACCACGCACGUCCCUUCUUGGUGACCAGCUUGAGUUUAUUCAGGAACGCACACACUAUCUGCGUGAAUAUCGCAACCGGCCCCAGAAACGCCAACACAUCAGCCCAUUUUUCCCAACCCUAGCCCGUGCUUAGCGGGUCGCAUCCGGAGGCAGAGGAGCCCUCACCUUUUGCUAUGCUCAGAGCAACCUGAACGUUACCUCUCAGCCGAAGCAGUGUUUUGCUCCCCGGAUCUGAGCUUCUCUCCUCUUGCCUCCUCCUUCGGUCAAUGACCGCAAUUGAUCUUCUGCGCUUCCUUUCCAAGCCUGCCAAGUACGUCCGUGGUCGGUCAGUCCCCUGGCCAGUGCGCGGCCCGUUGUUGACCCUUUUUGUCUCCAGGCCUCGAUAGCACGACUCACUGCUGAAGUCUUGACCGUCAACUACCCAGCGCGAAACCACGACCGACUGCGAUUUGUCUCGUCACCGCCAACCCUCCCGGUCCUCCUCCGCAGGUGUCGGCCCAACCGCAACCACGGCUCACUCUCAGCGCAAGUCCAAGAUUCCGUUCACACACCUCUACCGCCUCCCCGUCCGAGGCCGACCUCCCUAACGUCCCCCCGUGACGUUCGAACAUCCAUCCUGCACACUGCAGCUGGCUCCGCCAGCACUCCGAAGGACACCACUUCCUGUGGGCCUACUCUCUCAAACGGACGCCGCAAGGUUCGUUUGAGCGGCAGCUAGUGUCCCGCGGACGCCCUCACCCUAGAAAGCACAAUCAAUCGCUUGGGCUCCGGUCGACCAUGGUUCUCCUUGGGAUCCCCGAGAACUACAGCUUUUCUCCGGCCCCUGGCAGUCUCCAGCUGACCAUCAACCACGAGGUCGCCGCAGACUUGGACUCGAGCAACGCCUUCGAGGGUCCCGAGAAGCUUCUCGAAGUGUGGUUCUCCCCUAGCCCAAGCGCCCUGCCCCCGAGCGCCAAGGAAAAUGGCUUGAAGGCUGUCAGCCCCUCCACUUGGGAGGGCAUGCUGGAUCUGGUCAACUGCAAGGUGCUCUCCAUUGUCAGGUCGGAUCACGUCGACGCCUACCUCCUCUCCGAGUCGAGCAUGUUCGUCUUCCCACACAAGAUCAUCCUCAAGACGUGCGGAACAACGACCCUGCUGCUUGGCCUUCGCCGCCUGCUGCGCAUCGCCGCCGUGGAUGCCGGCUUUCCAUUCCACAACGCCUCGUCGCUGGAGGACAUCCACGUCGCCGCUACCCCGCACCGCGUCUUCUACAGCCGCAAGAACUUCCUGUUCCCCGACCGCCAGCGCGGUCCCCAUUCGAGCUGGAAGGAGGAGGUCAAGUUCCUGGACGACAUGUUCGAGAACGGCAGCGCGUACAUGGUCGGCCGGAUGAACGCCGAUCAUUGGUACCUGUACAUGACGUCGCCCGUCAACGGCACUCUGACGCCGCCGUUGACGCCGCGUUCGAGCCACGGUGGCAGCCCAACUCGCAGCUCCAAGAUUCCCACUGGGAUCGUCGCGCCUCUCGGCGGAGCUACCGUCGAUGACCCUACCGACGAGACCCUCGAGGUUCUGAUGAUGGACCUGGAUCCCGAGCUUGCGAAGCAGUUUUACCUGGAACAGGCGAGUGCGGUCGCCAGUGACUGGGUGCCUGCUCAAGCUCAGGAAGCUCGUCGUAACGCCCAAGACAGCCUCGGCGACCUGGAUUCGACUGUGGACGUCUUCGCCAACUGCGGCGAGUCCGACAUUCCGGGGAGCCAGGGGGCUGAUACCGAGCAGGCCGCUAUCGAGGCGAUGACCACGGAGGGACACGCGCUCGGCACUGUUGUUUCUGACACGUGCGGCCUAGCCCAGGUGUACCCUGCUUCGGCCUACCCCGACGCGCGCAUCGAUGCCUAUCUGUUCUCCCCCUGCGGCUACUCGGCUAACGGAGUCGUUCCCGUCCCGGACUCCGGUGCAGAUGGCAGCGGCAUUAAGCGUGCCCACUACUGGACCGUCCAUGUGACGCCGGAGCCCAUCUGCUCCUACGCCUCGUUCGAAACCAACGUCCCGAGCGGCCGUAACGGACGGCAGACAGCGGACAUCGUCGAGCACGUUGUCAGCAUCUUCCGGCCCGGCCGCUUCACCGUGACCUUCUUCGAGGCGAAGAACAAGCCCGCAGACGAAGCCGCCGACCCCCUGGUGGCCCCUCGGGCUGGUGUCAACAAGCGCAUGGAAGCCAUCAAGGGUUACCGGCGCAUGGACCGCAUCGUUCACGAAUUCGACGACUACUACCUCGUGUUCCGCUACUUCGAGCGCGAUGACUGGGUUGGUGAUAACCGGGCGAGGGUUGGCGAGGAUCUCUAGGCCUUUCUCGGCCGAAGAGGAGCAGGGAUGCAACCAGGUUACGAGUCACGAUCCCCAAUGUUUGUUCGUCCUUCGGUUCGCCUGCUAUUUUCCAUCUUUCGCCUGCUUCUUUCCGCAGUCGUAGCAUAACUUCGCCGCUAUGCUUGCAGUUUUGUCGAUUUCCUAGCUGUGGUAUCUCUGCUGUUCGUUGCACGGGAUUGGAAGUGUCGUUUUCAGUGUACCUCUGAGUGCGGUCGGUGUUUCCCCUGAUGACAGCACUC